AAGUGGAGGAGGCGCCCCGGGCCGGACCGCGCUGCCGCAGGAGCGAAGCGGCUGCAGGAUAGGACAGGACCCGGCGCUGGAAGCUGCACCGCCCGCGCGCCGCCCCUCCGUCCCUCCGCCCAGGGGCGCAGGACCCCACAGCCACCCAGCAUGUCCCAGCGGCACUCAGACAGCUCCUUGGAGGAGAAGCUCCUGGAAUACCGCUUCCACUCGGAGCUCCGGCUCGAUGCUGGUGGGAACCCAGCCUCUGGGCUCCCAAUGGUCCGUGGCUCCUUGCGUGUUAGAGACAAUGCCGCCUUCCAGCCCGAGGUCCCGGCACCCCCACAGCCUCGGCCCCCGGGGCACGAGGAGCCACGGCCCAUCGUCCUGAGCACAGAGAGCCCGGCGGCCCUCAAGCUGGGCACCCAACAGCUGAUCCCCAAGAGCCUGGCCAUGGCCAGCAAGGCAAAGACCCCAGCCCGCCACCAGAGCUUCGGGGCGGCUGUACUUAGCAGGGAAGCCGCCCGGCGGAACCCUAAGCUCCUCCCAGCCCCCAGCUUCUCCCUGGACGACAUGGACAUGGACAAGGACCCCGGGGGCAUGCUGAGGCGGAACCUGCGGAAUCAAUCCUACCGGGCAGCCAUGAAGGGCCUGGGGAAGCCAGGUGUCCAGGGGGACGCCAUCCAGCUAAGCCCUAAGCUCCAGGCUCUGGCCGAGGAACCCAGCCAGCCUCACACUCGGAGCCCGGCCAAAAACAAGAAGACGCUGGGGAGGAAACGGCACAAGGGCUCCUUCAAGGACGACCCCCAGCUCUACCAGGAGAUCCAGGAGCGGGGCCUGAACACCAGCCAGGAGUCUGAUGACGACAUCCUCGAUGAGUCCUCCAGCCCCGAGGGAGCCCGGAAGGUGGACACCACCAUUGUGGUCAAGAGCUACCGGCCCGCCCAGGUCACCUGGAGCCAGCUCCCAGAGGUGGUGGAAUUGGGCAUCCUGGACCAGCUCUCCACUGAAGAGCGGAAAAGGCAGGAGGCCAUGUUCGAGAUCCUCACGUCAGAGUUCUCCUACCAGCACAGCCUGAGCGUCCUGGUGGAGGAGUUCCUGCAGUCCAAGGAGCUGCGGGCAACCAUGACCCAGAUGGAGCACCACCACCUCUUCUCCAACAUCCUGGAUGUCCUGGGUGCCAGUCAGAGGUUCUUCGAGGACCUGGAGCAUCGGCACAAGGCCCAGGUGCUGGUCGAGGACAUCAGUGACAUCCUGGAGGAGCACGCCGAGAAGCACUUCCACCCCUACAUUGCCUACUGCUCCAACGAGGUCUACCAGCAGCGCACGCUGCAGAAGCUGACAAGCAGCAACGCCGCCUUCCGAGAGGUCCUGAGAGAGAUUGAGAGGCGGCCGGCAUGCGGGGGCCUGCCCAUGCUCUCCUUCCUGAUCCUCCCCAUGCAGCGGGUAACCCGGCUGCCCCUCCUGACGGAUACGCUCUGCCUCAAGACCCAGGGCCACUCCGAGAGGUACAAGGCCGCCAACCGCGCACUGAAGGCCAUCAGCAAGCUGGUGAGGCAGUGCAACGAGGGGGCCCACAGGAUGGAGCGCAUGGAGCAGAUGUACACGCUGCACACACAGCUGGACUUCAGCAAGGUCAAGUCCCUCCCACUGAUCUCCGCCUCCCGGUGGCUGCUGAAGCGCGGGGAGCUGUUCUUAGUGGAAGAAACCGGACUUUUUCGAAAAAUCGCCAGCCGGCCAACGUGCUACCUGUUCCUGUUCAACGAUGUCCUGGUUGUGACCAAGAAGAAGAGUGAGGAGAGCUACAUGGUCCAGGACUACGCCCAGAUGAACCACAUCCAGGUGGAGAAGAUAGAGCCGUCUGAGCUCCCUCUGCCCGGGGGCGGCAACCGCAGCUCCUCCGUGCCCCACCCCUUCCAGGUGACCCUGCUUCGCAACAGCGAGGGCCACCAGGAGCAGCUGCUGCUCUCCUCAGACUCCGCGAGUGACCGGGCGCGGUGGAUGGUGGCGCUCACACGCAGUGAGAGACAGUGGCAGGGCCUCUCCAACAAAGGAGGUGAGUGUGGGCUGGGGGCCUGCAGGGCUGGCCCUCUGCCAUGGCUGGGCACUUUGGCCCCCACUGUAGCCCAAGGGAGCCUGGCACCUGGCGUUGUGCUGCGGCCUGGCAGUCCGGGGAUGGGGCACCCUGGCCCCAGGGGAUGUGUCUGCUGGAGGCCGUUGGGGAGUGGAGCCUGGCCCAUGCCUCCCGACAGCCCUGCGAUGGCCACUGCCCUAUCCAGACCUGCCCCAGGUGGAGAUCACGAAGGCCUUCUUCGCGAAGCAAGCAGACGAGGUCACACUGCAGCAGGCGGAUGUGGUCCUGGUUCUGCAGCAGGAGGAUGGCUGGCUCUAUGGCGAGAGGCUCCGGGACGGAGAGACGGGCUGGUUCCCCGAGGACUUUGCCCGCUUCAUCACCAGCCGUGUGGCCGUGGAGGGCAACGUCCGCAGGAUGGAGCGUCUGCGGGUGGAGACGGACGUAUAGCCCUGCCGAGGCCAGCGGGUGGCAGCACAGCCUGUCCCCGAUCAGCAAGUGGCUGUGCCUGGCUCCAGAGAGCGUGGGGAGCUUGUCUCAAGGACCCAGCAUGGUUCCCUGGGGCUUCCCAAGAGCCUGUGGCUGUGGUGCCGGGCUCCGGACACUUCACAGAAGGAAGAUCACAUGUCCCCCGAGAGGCACCCCAGGCAAGCUCGAGGGGGCCACCCCAUGUCCCAGGGAGCCUUGCCUAUUCUCAUUGGCUGGCUGGGCCUCUCUCAGCUGCUGGGCCCCACCUCCCCACUGUACCCACGGGGCAACUCCACCCGGACUGAUGGGCACAGGAGGCACCAAUAGUGAUUAUUGGGGACAAUAUGAGGUCUCCUCCUGUGCUCUUCCUACCCCCAAGUGGGACAAGAAGGGCCCUGAGUGCCCAGGAGUGCCCCAUGUUCUGAGAGGGGGGCCUGCCAGAGGGAGGGGACCCGGCAGGGAGAUGUCGGUUUUGAGGUUUCUAAAUACAUUAAAGUUAUUUCUUAAGAA